GAAAUAACACAGUAGAGAGACAUAUAUUAGAUCCUCUUCAUUAGAGUUGAAUGUACCUUACUUGUAAGACUGAAGGAGUGAAUUGUACAUGGAUUGCCACAGGUGUGAACCUCUGCCAAAGGAGGAAGCAACAGUGGCAACGGGCUUUUCUGAGGUGGCAUAUUGAGAAAAAGGGAAGUCUCUUGAAUCGGUUUCUCAAUAUAGUCUUAAAUCAAGACAUUUGAUUCUGUGAUUCUGUGAUUCUCCAGUGCUGACCUUGCCAUUGUCUCAGUCCAAAUGAUGCUGCAUUUAACAUGCAUUAAAAAGAAGAUGCAAAAUGAAAACAUCAUGUUCUAAGAGUUUUUCCAGCCAAACUUGCAACUAGAGAGUCUCAAUUUCUGCAGACCUGUGGCCCAAAGCAUUUGCUAUGGCACAUAUUACAUUUGUUCCUGUCGUGCUGAUACUAACUUUAUUACAAUAUAAAACACUGUUUUCCACUGGCCUGGCAAAUGGACAACCAGACGUAGUGGAUGAACUUGGGCUACAUAAUGAUCUGCAGAUUACCAAAUAUGAUUCCAGAGUUAUUCUGUCCUGGAACAAUAACCUGACAGAAGAAGAGACAAAGAAGUACAGUGUGAAGUAUAUUUUGAGUUACACAUUCUUCAAUACCUCUUAUGAAAGGAAAGAAAGACUACAGGAAAAGAAAAAGAUAAUACGUCUUGAGUUACAUUCUGGUUUUAACGCUAAAGUUAAAACACAGCUUUUUGCAAAAGAAACUGAAGAGCUAAUUAAGGAGAGUGUCUGGACAGAAUGUACUUACAAGGCUCCUCCAGUAUAUAUUCAGAAUCUUUCAUGUAUCAUAUAUAAUAUUUCUUUCUUCAAUUGCACCUGGCAUGUUAAAGCAGAAGCUCCUGCCGAUAUCCAGAUUUUUUUUUCAUACAGACAGACAGGAAAAUAUUUUGAAUGCCAGCAAUAUAUACAAAAUGCAAGGAAGAAAAAUAUUGGAUGCCACAUGAAAGGAAUAUAUUUCCAGCCAUCAAGAAAAAUCAAAUUAAAUAUAUCUGUAACAGAUCUGAAAAAUAAUUCAAGAGGACUUUCUUAUUACAAAGCUCUUCUACCUCAGAAAAUAGAGAAACUCAACCCGCCGAUCAACGUCUCGGUUUCCCUGGAAAACAGAAGUAUUAAAAUUCACUGGAAACCCCCGCCUACCAUUGGUUCAGCAAGUAACAACUGCUUCAUGUAUCAAGUGAAAAUAACGGACCAUAAGAUUGUAAAUGUUGCUGCAGAGAAAUAUGAGUAUCCACUUCAUAGGCCAGCAAAAAAAUAUACAGCACAAGUGAGGGCAAAGAAAGAGGUAUGCAUAAGAAACGAGAUAUGGAGUGACUGGAGUGAACCUGUGAUUAUUCAUGAUGGAAAGACAGUGGACAUCAUGCUGCUAAGCCUCACAUUGCUUUGCCUUCUAAUUUUCCUUGGAGGUUUGCUGAUAUGUACGUGUAGAAGGUAUAGAUGCCUGGAAGUUAUAACCAUGCCUGUUCCACAUCCUACAGAUAAUAUCAUAACUUGGUUAGCUGCAGAUGAGACUCACCACCAGAAACAAAUUUCAAUGCAAAUGGAAAUGCACUCAGAGGUUGUUCUGGGAAUACUAGAAGAGAAUGGAGACAACAUUCACCAAAAGGGACAUUUGAAGGAUUUUGAAUUAGAAGACCUGUAGGAGUGAUAUACCUUCUUUAUUUACAUGCAAGAGUUAACUUUCUGUUAGCUGGAUGAUAUUCUGACCGACUUAAGAAAGGUUGAUAUUGGAGUUUGUCUGACACAAAUAGUCUAUUACAUUGUGCAACUCUUAAAAUGAGCUCAAAAAACACUGCCUUGUAAUUUAUCUCUAACUACUACUGAUCUUCAGCCCAGUAAAAUUACAGCAGCCGAAACAGUAUGAUUGAAUAUUGGAGUCCACUUGGGUCAAGACAGAAUCAGAAUUUCUCUCCUAUAAUGCUGCAAUAGUUUCCAAAUAAUGUCCAAUAAACUACUGCCUUUGGACGGGUUCUUCAUACAAAUUCCAUGCCAACUAUUCAAUGUCUGAUUGCAGAUAUAAGAAAUGAUGGAAACAACACACAUUUCUGGAAACAGCAGCAGAAGCUCACAAGGGUUCUUUAAAGUUCCAAAAAUAAUUUUCUGAGGUACUACAUUGUACGAGUAGACAUUAACUAGAAACAGUCAUGUGAGAUGACAUAAGGUUUUUAAAUGUGAUGGACUUAAUCCUUCGUAGUUAACAAAAGCAGAAAAUCUUUGACAAGGUAAAGAAAACAAUAUUGUUGAUGUAUUAUAACUGUUUGAAUAAAUAUUACUCAGAGAAUUACAAGUUCAGAACUGUCUAACUAUUGCUAUUUAUUUUUCCCUAUUUUUGAAGAAAUUGUUCUAAUUCCAUGAAGCAGUAUCCAUGAAAAUUCAUUUUGAGGUACAUAACUGAGGCAGACUCUUUGAACUGAUAGCUAAGACAGUGUUUGUUUGACUACAAAAGAAGGGAUAUAAGGCCUUGAUCUUGCAAGGAAGACAUAUUUCUGUAGACUUUAUCUGUAGGAGGGCAAUACAAGGAAGUGUAUUGACUUAAGUUAAUGAUGAACUUAAUUUUCUGGAGGGCUAGGAAGCAACAUGAAAAAUCCUUGUUUUCUUUUCUGGUAAAAUUUCUUCAUGUUCAAAGCAAUUUUGGUUGAAGGCAAUAUUUAAUUUCACUUGAUAUAACAACUUUUGUAUUACUGUAGGGAAAAAUACAAAAAUUUUGUGAAAUUUUUUGAAACAUUUAGUAACUAAAGUGUUGGACUCAAUGAUCCUUAUGGGUCCCUUCCAACUCAGGAUAUUCUAUGAUUCUGUGACUCUAAAUUAGAUUCUAAAUUAGAUAGUAUAUCAUAGUAUUGAUAUAGUAUUGAUUCAA